AUGACAAUGACAACAGCCACCACAGUAGCGACAACGUCACGCCUACUAUCACCGCCAACAUCGGAAGCAACGACACCCAUCCAACAUAGCAACAGCGGUAUGGAGGUGAGCACUGAGAAAACGAGCCACAAGAAGAAGAGGAAGAGCAAGCGGAAGCGGCAACAGCAAGAACGCGACACCAGCAGCAUCCCAGAUGCAUCUCGACAGUCCCGUGGUAGCAGUUCGUCCUCGACACGACCACCACCACCACCACCACCACCACCACCAACAACAACAACAACAACAACUUCAAAGAAACACUCGCGGAUCAAGGAAAAGCCAGCCCGGUUCGUCCACCCUCAUCUCGAUGCAGAGCUCCGCCGGCUUGGCCGCUCCUGGUUGUCCCCAGGCGACCCCUUGUUCAAGCCCGCCCUGGACCGUAGCUACAGGGGGGUGAGGCACGAGCCGGGGGGGUCUCUCCCGCAAGCGGUCCACAGGGGCUUCCGGCAAUCGUUCGACAGCCUCCACGAGGCCGGCCUCUUCCUGUACGACACGGUCCAGGCCGGGGGCAAGCGGCUGAGCCGGACGUUCGUGACCAGGACCCUUGUUGGGGACGCGGGCAUCACCUACAAGUACCUGGGGCUCCGGUUGUUCGCCCACCCGUGGGGGCUAGGGGAGAGCGACUUCCGAAAGGGGCCAGGCGACAGCUUGGCGGACGCGCUGAAUGACCCGUGCCUCGCAGACCUCUUCUCCAACGAUGGUAGCGGUUUCGAUGACAACGACAGGGUCGCUGACACCCUGAGAAAAGUCGGCGACCUGAGCGAGUGGAUGCGUCUCCGCGCCGGCGCUAUGCUAAAGGAGGAAGUCGGGGAAGCGGGAGGGGAGCGGGGGAGCUGCGCGUUCAACCUGACCUUGAUCAACCGGAUGGAGUGCUCGGGGGCGAAGAGAGAUCUCAAGCCGGACCCCCUGUUUUCCAUGGGAAAGUUCUCCGUCAGCUGGCACGCCGACAGCUGCCUGCAGGACUUCUCCACCAUAGGCGUGUAUCACUGCACAGACCCCGUCCCGGCAGAGCCUGACUGGGGCAUAGCGCUCCGCGUGUCCACAGAGGCAAGAGUUGGUGGCGGCGGCGGUGGCAGUGGCGAUGGUGAUGGUUAUGGCGUGAGCAACGUAGAGAAGACGAGGAGAAAGGAAGCAGAGAGGGGGGUGAAACCGGCGGGGCCGAAGGCAAUAGCAUCAGUCGCAGCGUCAGCGGCGGGGGCUGUACCGGAGAAGCAGGGGGAGCAAGUCUUGACGCCACCGCUGCUGAUCCCUCUUCAGAGCGGCGACGCGUACUUCCUCCUCGACGACUUCAAUCACUUCCACGAGCACGCGGUCGUGUCGGGAUCGUCCACCCUUCGAUAUUCGUCUACACAUCGCGUUGCGGACACCGACGGAAACACGUUCUCGCACGUGCAGAAGCGCUGCGAACGGGCGCUCGCCGGCGGGGGCUCCGCGGCGGCGGGAGGAGAUUAUCAUAUCUUGAACCUUGCUCAGGUCCGUGCGGAACAGGCGCUUCUGACGGAGCUGGAGUCGGAAUGGCUGAACCAGUUCUGGGUGCAGGGGAGGAGACACGCCUCCCUCCACCCGUGGUGGCGGGGCCCGAUGGCGCUGGUGCUUGCAACGUGGCGAGAGCUCGAGCGACGGACGGCCUUGACGGUGCGACGCCUAAUGUCCCUCCGAGGACAGGGUGGGGGCGAAGGUGUCGGACCUGGCGGCGGCGGGACAGCAGCAGAAACAGCAGGAGCGGAACCGGCAGCGAUAGCGAAGGCGUUCGAGACGGUGCUACGGGCCCUGGAGGUGCGGCGAGAGUCGAGGUCGAGGUGGGGGGCGAGGUUCGCAGACUCGGCGUACCGCUCGCUCGCCGCCGACCUCGCUCCCGUGGUACCGGCGCUGUGGCCCGCCGAGGGAAGCAGCGGCGGCGACGUUGGUGAGGAGGGUUCGCCUCUGCUGCUGCCCCAGUCUCUGGGCGGGAUUGUCUCGCGACUGAGGGAGUGCUACACCGUGGUUUAUCGGGCCGCUUCCGGCGGCAAGAAGGCCGGGUCGGCGAAGGCCAUCGCCGCCGGCGCCGCGUCGAACUGGGAGUUGUUUCGGGCCGCUUCUUCUUCUUCUUCUUCCGGUGGUGGCGGUGCCGGGAAAAAACACGGCAGUGCUCUUGGGAAGCAGCAGCAGCAGCAGCAGCAGCAGCAGCAGCAGCAGCGGAAGAUGCGGGGUCUUGCUGGCCAAGAUGGCCUAGAAAAGACGAAGAAGCGUGCUGGGGGCGUCGUGAAGGGCGGCGGCGAUGGGGGGGGAGGGCGAACGUUGAAGGGGCAGGGAUCAAGAAGAAAGGACCGCGUACGAGAACGGUAGAAAACCGUUUCGGUUUCGCAGUCAUCGCCCUGGUGGUCGUGGUGGUCGGUAAACUUUGAGAACGAUGACCGGCUACGUUGAAUGACCUCAGGAAUAGUGGAAGCACUCGUUCGAUACCCCAAGUCGGAGGAUAGAAGCUAGAAACUUGUUCGCUGCAAGGUGAGGGCCCGCACCUCAAAGGUGGUGUUCUGUGUGGCAAGGGUCCCGAGAUCUUUGGUUGAGGAGAGGGGCCCUAUUUCGAGCAGGUAGAACGUGUAAGCGACGGCUAAAAGUUGGGAUGACGAAGCAACCUCGUUCUAAUUGAACUGUCCCACUCUGCUGGGGGGGGCUCCGUAAAUUUGUCUACACGGUUCUCCAUCAAAGAAGGCGUCCGGCUCCAGGGACUGCCGUCGAUUUGCAUUGUUGCGGACGUAGCGCGUACCCAGCAGGAGACUGCUGCUGUGUAUCUCUCAGCCUUUUUGCGUGUGCGAGGACAUGCGUGGCGUCCCUCGCCAUGUUGUCCUCGUUGAUUUCUCUUUUCUGCUGGUCCUUUGAGGUUUUCCAGCGAUGAUGGUGGUGCUAGCGGAUUCGUUUUUCCUUACAGCAGCGGCAGCGGCAGGGUCGCUGGCAGUGACGACGUCGUGUACGAGCGACAACGCGUAUGUGAGAGAGGAAGGAGCCAGAGGAAUACGUGGGUGUUCCCUAAGCCACAGUUCGACACUGACUGCUGUCUGUGUGCUCCUGUAUCCUACACUCACGCUGCUGUGUGCCUACGGUUGUUGCUGCUGGCCCCACACACUGGAUGGGAAAAAUAAGUAAAUUGG